AUCCAUAAAAAAUAUCCUCCCUCAAAUCCAGCAUUGUUCUUCUCUCACAGAGCAGCGAGCGAACGACGAAAACGUUAUUCGUCGUUUAUCUUCGACCUUCAUUUCCCGGCGGCGACGUUGACGCCUAUCAUGGAGGGUAGGUUUGCUGAAGAACUUUAUGCUGAAAGUUUAGAACUGUCCAAAUUAGAACUCACAUCCACCAGUGUUGCUGAUGAAAAAGAUAAGUUAAACGAUCGCGGUGGUGAUGAUGAUUUGAGUUUCUGGGAUGAUUCUGAUGACAAGUUGGAUAGUUCGUUGGAUUUGGACAGGGAGUGGCAGAGGAGGCAUGACCAAUUCCAUACGAUUGGGUAUCGAGAUGGUCUUAUAGCAGGGAAGGAAGCUUCUGCUCAAGAGGGCUUCAAUAUUGGUUUUAAGCAAUCGGUUCUUGAUGGUUACAGCUGGGGUGUUGUAAGAGGUGUUACCAGUGCUUUUUCUCAUCUUCCACACGAAUUAAAAGAGAGGUUGAUUCCACCACAAGAAAAGAGGAACGAAUUCCAAGGGCUGUAUGAAUCCGUGCAUUCUUUGUCAACACCAGAUGCUCUUGGAUUGUUUGGUGAAGAAAUCAAAGCAGGAGAAGCUUUGGAACAUAGUGAACACUCGGAACAAUCUUGCCAUGGCUCUCAACUGAGAAAUUAUCGUGGACAACUUGAAUCUCUGAUUAGUGAUUCUCCGGCCAUUGAUAUCCAUUUACCUGAACCAAAAUAAAUGGUGAUCUCUCUAUUUUAUGUAAUAUACUUCAACAUAGAAUGAUAAGAGCUUCUUGUAGGACACAUUUUCCGACUUUAUGAUUGUAAAAACAUAUCAGUUGGUGUAAUUGUUUAGUUUUAUUAAAAGUUUGCUUUAGUUUUUUGGUAAGUUAAAA